CUUCCUGUGAUGAAUCCUCUCCUUUUCUGUGUUUGAAGAACCAGGAAACUAAACUGUUUCCUGGAGUGUGAAUGCUUUGCAGGGACUCCACUUAGGGCAGUGUUGGGGAAUUCCACUUCACUUCUUCCGGAUGCUCGGAACUCCUUCAAGCACCCGGUGGGAGGCCAUUCAUAAUCAUGGCAAGUCCAAGACACCCAGUAUCAGCCCAUGCUGUAGCCCUGGUGCAGAUGGAACGGCUCCAGACGUUUGCCUUCUCUGUGUGCUGGUCAGACGACAGUGACACGUUUGCUCGCAGGAGCUGGGAGGAGUUUAGGCAGCUCCAGAAGACCCUUAAGAAAAUCUUCCCAGUGGAGGCAGGCCUGCUUCGGAGAUCUGAACGCGUUCUUCCCAAGCUUCCUGAUGCUCCAUUGCUGACACGUCGGGGACAUACUGGCCGAGGCCUGUUACGUUUGCGGCUGCUGGAAACCUAUGUACAGUCGUUGCUGGCAACCUCAGAGCACAUAGUGACGAGCUCAACACUCAAUAGCUUCUUUGCACCCAAACCUCUGGAUCUAGAGCCCAUGCUGCCUCCUGGCAGCCUGGUGAUCCUGCCCACCCCAGAGGAGCCCUUAUCCCAACCUAUACGCAGCCUUGCCAUUCAUAGCCUGGAGGCUCAGAGCAUGCGCUGCUUACAGCCGUUCCACACUCUUGACACAAAAGACAGACCUUUCCACACUCAGGCUCAAGAAAUUCUGGACAUAUUACUACGGCAUCCUUCAGGCUGGUGGCUGGUGGAGAACAAGGACCAGCAGACAGCCUGGUUUCCAGCUCCCUACCUGGAGGAGAUAGCAACAGGCCAAGGCCAGGAGUCGGGCAUGGUUGUUCAAGGAAGUGGGAGGCAGUUCUGUGCUACCCAGGCCUAUGAGGGCAGUCGCCCUGAUGAGCUAUCCGUGCCCUCAGGAGCACGUGUACAUGUGCUGGAAACCUCAGACCGAGGCUGGUGGCUGUGCAGGUAUAAUGGCCAGACAGGCCUGCUCCCUGCAGUGUUGCUGCAACCUGAAGGGCUGGGUUCCCUCCUGGGCAGGCCAGGGCUCCCAGACAGUGGUGGGGCAGACAAGGUGACUGAGGGCAGGACUGUCCCCCCUGUAGUACCAACUCGCCCCUGUAUGAGUGCCAUCCAGAGCAGAUGCUGCUCCAUCACCCGCAGGGCAGUGGGACAGGAACAAGGGACCCAAGUUCCCCCUUGAGGAUUUGUAUGGCCCUGCAGAGAGGCUGUACUGUCAAAGUCAACCUCAAGCAAAGCAGGGACGAGGGUGUGGCUCUAUGACUGGCAGGGCCAUGGGCCAGCCAACUGUCUAUUUUCUCUAAAUAAAACUGGAAUGACUUCA